UAUGGCCUUGACAUAGACACAAACUACGUGACAACAUUCCCGACAAGACUGCAGCUGUUUGUGACAGACAAGCUGCGCACACGAAAUGGACGCGCUUGACCUUGCGCUCGAGCCGAGAGUGCUAAAACGCACAAACAACAGCGGUUCUGGCAGUGGUAAAGCUGCGAGGCGCUCGAUGGGCUUCUGGAACUCGUUCAACAACUGGUACCGGACAUUUUGGGAGGAGAGUGGGAGGCGCCCUGGUGUCCAUGAAGUCAAGCGGUGGUACGAGGACUGUGCUGAUGCGUGCUGGGGAACCAGCAAGCCGAGCUGGGAGGAGACGCGCACCCACUCAAAAUGUUUGCGCUCCCUGGAGCAGGUUCGGUCGUACUUCAAGGCCUACAGGGCUGCCAAGAAGGAUGGCGUGGAGGGAAACUGCCGUUCGGAGGCCACACGGUCCUGUGGAGGCCACUCUCAGCAGCCGUCAUUGCGUGCGAGGAGCAUGUCGGCCAUUAGCGCGCAGGACGACGAUCCGCCCUUCGUGAUGCGUGCGCCCAAGGUGCGCCGGCCCUCCGACUCAGAGACCGCGGGCGGCAGCUUCUUCGGCUUCGCCACAGCCACAGGCGCAUGCUUCCCCACCGCCUCCGAAACCACCACGACGACCACCAACUCGCCGGCGUCAAAGUACAGCAGCCGGACACAGGAGCUGGGUGGCGCUGGCGCUGGGGUGCGCGCGGUACGCUCCAGCAGCUUCACGGGCCACUCCAUGAGCCUGGCCAGCGGCCUGGGCGGCAGCCACGCGCGCACCGUCUCUACAGGCGGCGGCUCCUCGGGCACCAGCGUCCGCGCGGCAGUGCGCAUGGUGUUCGGGGAGGACUCGGAGGGGCGGGCGCUGCCAAUCCUAUUGCAGCGUGCCCCGGGCGAGUCGCUGCCCAUCCCUGUGUCCGCAAACAACGCGGCGGCAUGGAUGCUGCCGCCACCAGCACCGCCGCCCUCGCGCAUGCCCUCGCCCACGCCCACCUCGGCGCCGGACGGCUGCGGCUUGGGCGCCGGCAAGGCGCUGCCGCCGCUGCCUCCCCUGCCGUCCCUGCCGCCACCGGGCAGCUCUUCCGGCCCGUGCUCUGGCGGCCCUGGCUUCCUGGGCGCCGCAUCUGCGCCUCCUGCACUGCACCAAAUGUCACCGUACUUCUACGGCCAGCCGCCAACAGCCGUCGGAGCGGGUCUGAUUUCCCCAGUUAACCAGCUGGAGCCGCAUACUUCGUGGCCGCCCUCCCACCCGCCGUCCUCGGACCGGCCACCGCUGCCGCCUUCCCAUCCAGGCUAUCCGCACUACGCCAGCCUACACAACUCACCUUACUACCCUCCACCACCACCCGCGACAGUCAACACGGCUACAUCCUCCGUGCCGGGGUCCGUUGCGUCUGGUACCGGGCUGCGGCCGUGCACAUCCGCACCAACCAUGUUGCCAUCCAUCCCCUUCCCCUCUGCCCAGUCGCUACCACCCCUGCCGCGCACCGCUGACAUGCAAGCAGCACAGCAGCGGAGUGCCGAGAGCGUAGCUGCGGCAGCCGCAGCUGCUGUUGCCGUAGCCUCUGCAUCACAGGCGGGCAGCGCCAACCAGCAGCACCAGGCGCAUCCUCCUUCGUUGGCACCAGGGGCUACCUCGGCCGACGCAGCGGGCCCGCAGACCACGACCUCUAUGCCGCCGCCAGGCAGCGGUGUCUCAGCUCCAAGCCCUUCGCAGCCGGGACAACAACAUCAGACCAUACCCGGAGGCCCCGGAGGCUCGACAUACGCCUACCCCUACCAGCCAGGUUACGGCCCCAUCGACCCUUACGCCUCUUAUCCUGGGUACUACGACCCGUACUACUCGUAUCCGUACUGGGGCUACCCGCCGCCAUACGGUUACCCGGGCCCCAUGAGCCGCUACCCGUCGCCGACGGGACCUUCGGGCGCAGCAUGCGCGGGCAGCCAGCCGGACCGGGACGAGGGGGGCUGUGCGGCCGGGCUCGGCUCUGCGCCUGCUACAACCGGGGUGCCCGGGCAUCCUCAUUACGGAAGGUACCCCAUGAUGCCACCAGUAUUGGGGCCGCACGGCCGGCCCCCUCCCGGACCCGGUCUGGUGUCCCCGGUUGGCCCCGCGCUGCAUGGCAUGCCCCCGCUGCCACCUGCGUCCGCCGGCGCAGCACCCAUGCAGUGCCACAAGCCUUUGGCCGCGAGCGCUGCUGCUUGUGGUGCCGUCCAGCCCCCUGUUAAGCGCGCCGCUAGCAGCGGCAAGGUGCUGCCGCCGCAGGCACACAGCACUGCAGCCGUGCCAACCAUCAGCCAGAGCCAGCCCCAGCCUCCAACGCUGAAGCAACAGCAGCUGCCUGUGCCCCCGGCUGACGACUUCGCCAGCAUGGUGGAGAGCUUCUUCCUGGACGGUGGUGACGUGGAUGUGGCGGACCUCGACCUCCAGCUGGAUGAGGCGGACGAGGCCGUCAUCUACGGGAACUUGCAGGCAGGUUCGGACACGGCGGCAGCGGCAGCUGUGACAGCCACCGACGCAGGCGUAACCACAAAGGUGGGUGCCGCCAGUGCGCAGCCUGGCCCCACCAUACAGCAGAUCAAGGCUGAGCCGGGUAUGGAAACGGCACUUCCGGCGCUGGCGCCAAGCGCGGCGGCAUCUGGUGACACCGCCCAGCCGCUGGUCAAAGCGGAGCCCAAAGCGCUGUCCCACACCUUGGCGCACGGGCCGGGCUGUGAGGACGUGGACGCGACCGUCACGCUGCGAGUACCUUUCCCCGGCAGCGCCAAGGCGAGCUCGAUUGCGGACAGCUCUUUCCCUUUUGGCUGCCUGGAGUCGGCUGGCCUCACCCCGCUAGCCGGCAAGGCCGUGCCGCGCGUGCGCGCGCCGCCGCCUGCGGCGGCGCAGCUGCUGCAGGCAGGCGUGCACAUCCCGCCGGGCUCGGCAUCCGCGCUGACGGCUGUAAUGGCCAUGGACGAGGGCACGCCGCUGGCGGACCUGCGGUCGCUGGCUGCGGAGCUGCCCAGCCGCGGCACCUCGCUGCAGGGCUUUGAGAUGCUGGACAUGCCCGACCUGGGCGAUGCCGGCUCGCUGGGCGACGAGAUGCGGGACCUGGACUGCUCAUUCUUCCUGACAAGCCCUGCACUAGGGGCCCGUCGAACUGUGUGCUGACAUACAGUUUCAAAUGGUGAACAGGCUUCGGGACGACAGGCAGAUGGUGUUUUUGCUUUGCCGCCGGGGACUGUAGGUGGGAGUUCCACCCGAGAGGGUGGCCGCGGCGGCGGCCUGACUGGCUGAUACUGUCAGUGUACCGAUUCUUGGAUGGGUGCUAACCUAUUCCUUUCUGCGUUCAUUCAUUGGUGCUUGGGGGCUACAGCUCAGAGGCAGCCGCUCUCAGCCGCAAGGCAUGCGGCACUGGUUGGGGAAUGCCACAUCGUGACGGUCACGACAAGAACAGAACAGGUUGCGCAAUAGCAUCCAUAAACGCACGUGCACGCGGCACAACAAGCAUCUGACAGGACGAACCCUCAGUCGGUGGCAAUGCGCACCUACAGUAUGUCCAUGGAACAUUGUGGUUGUGUAUUGGUGUCUAGACAACGGGCAUUUGCUCUGUGUGGUACCGAGGGAGCUGGGACUGUGGCAAUGCCGGCAUCUGCUGGUGGAACCGGUAGGUAGGCGGUCAGCUUUUGUUCGGCAUUCACAGAGGCAGCAGGUGCUUGACAUCUUUUGUGCGGUUUGUGGGUCAGCGGCAGCAUAGGUUGGCAAUGUAGAAGCUAGGAGCAGGACCCUGCAUCCACAGCAGCAGGUGCAGGAAGGCCAUUCAGCCAUAGGGCAGGUAGCAGGUGGUAUUUACCCUUCCCAAUCACAGGGACGACAAAUCUGAGGGCAUGGCAAUUCGUAAGAGGUCACUAGAAUGGAAGGCGUGAAUGGUAGGCGACGGUAACAUUGCCGCUGCGGUUGACGCUGUGCCCAAGGCUGGUAGCGUCUGGUUGGCGCCGCGUUGGCGAAAGCCACA